ACCACGUCGGGCGCAAUCUAGCACUGCUGGGUCCAUAUCCUUUGGUUGCAUCUCCUCCGAGGCGGCGCCGAGCUCCAGGGAGGAGGCACUUGACUGAGCCUCUCAGUUGCUCUCCGACCGCAAAUUCGGAUUUGUUUCUCAUUCCUUCUCGGUCGGCGGAGAGGUCGACGAGAGCGUUCAGUGGCGUCGGAUUGGUAGCGAUGACUUCGUCGGGAGCGAUAAAGUUGAGCGGCGGCGGAGCGGCGAAGGAGAAAGGGGCAGCCGUGGCGGAAGUGAAGAAGAAGGUGGAUGGAUCGGGGAAACCGGUCUCGAUCGUUAAGAAGAAACCCGUCAACGUUGUAAUUAAACCGGAGGGGAAGAAGAUAACAAGCUCAUCAAAUACUGUUACUAAAACAAGCAGAGUGAAAGCUCAGAAGAAAGUGUAUUCCUUGCCUGGUCAGAAGUAUGACAUCCCUGAAGAGAGAGAACCCUUGAGGAUGUUCUAUGAAUCCUUAUUAGAGCAAAUUCCGUCAAGCGAAAUGGCAGAAUCUUGGAUGAUGGAACAUGGUUUGCUAUCUCCUGAAAGAGCAAAGAAAGCAUAUGAGAGAAAGCAAAAGAGGCAGCAGCAACUACGAAGGAGAACUCCAAUCAAAUCCACCAGACAAGAGAGGCCAGCAACCUCACAAGAGCUGAAGGCAUCAAAGAGUGUAGAUCCCAGAUCAAAGAAAAGGAUCAACUAUAGCAAUGAUGAAAAGUUGGAAGUAAAAUUGAAAAAAUCAAAAGCAUAAAAUAGUUAUGCCAGCUUGCUGAUUGUAGCCGAUUUCAAAUGUAUGAUCCCUGUUCUAAAUUGUAGUUCUAGGAAAAAAAAAAGCCUAUCAAAAGAGGUAGGGAAGCAACGGUGAGCCUUGGUACAAUGGUAAGAUUGUUCCUUUACGACUUGAGAGAUCAAGAUUCGACUCAUGGAAACAGUCUCUUUGAGUAUUUAAAAAUAAGGUUGUGUAAAUUGACCCCUCUCAGAUCCCGUAUUGGUGGAAGCCUCGUGCAUUGGAUAAGCCCUAAAAGAGAUAGAGAAACAUUAUGGUUCAAUUAUCAUGUCCCCUGGUUUACUGUAGAGAAACUAUAAUCAUUUCCAAUAAGAAGUUAUGUUUAUUGGCU